AGUAUAAAAGGACAUGUGUGUGAGAUUUUUAAACGAAUACUAACGAACGAGCUCACACGAUACACAAGUGUUCAUCACAGUACGAACGAAUUUUGCUUUCUAUGUUGACUCUAAGGCAAUCAAUAUGAAGACUGUUUACUUAUUUAUCGCUGUUUUUUUGUGCUUAGUGAGUGCAAAAUACAUCCCCAGCGAAAGCGUGUCGCCGGUGCUUUUACACCGGCAUCUUAGAUCAGUGAACAAUGUGCCAAGUUAUUCAGUAGAAAGCGACAGUGACGAUGAUAGUGAUAACAAUGGCAGUAAUAGUGACGAUAGCAGCGAUGAUGAUUCUUCGGAUAGUACGGAUUUGAGUAAAGCAGAAGAAGAACAAAGAAAACUGCUAGAAAAACAAGAAGAACGUUUACGUAAAGAACAAGAAAAAAGAGAAAAGGAAGAAAGAAAGCUACAAGAAAAAUUAGCAAAAGAAGAACGCAAGCGACAAGAAAAACUAGAGAAAGAAGCGCUUAAACAGCAGGAAAAACUCCAAAAGGAAGAAAUGAAACGCGAACAAAAAUUACGUAAACAAAUUGAGCAAAUUGAAAAUGCAAAGUUGGAUGAUGAAUCAUCUGAAUCUCUUGAGGACAAUUCCUUAGAUUUGGAAGACAUUGGUAAGAAGUACGUUUACCAGAAGUAUGGAUUAACUGCAACAAGUACUGCAAUAGAAAAGAAAGCGGCCCUUAACAGAUUUUUAGAGGAAGAGCUGGGUCUUAACACAAACAGCACUAAGAGCGAAUUCCGUCAGGUCGUAAUCGAGUUAAUUGAAAGUAAGCUUUUAAACGAGAGUGCAGCUGAGAGUAAUUUCAAAGCGUUCCUAAUGAGACAUGUGAGUGUUGUAGGUGUAGAAAACCUGCAAGCCAAAUUAGAGAAGAAAAUAGCUAAACUUGAAAAUGAGAGCGCUUUACUUAAUAAUAUAUCACUGCCAUGGGCUCAACCUAUACAACAAAGUGUACAAGAAAGUAAAAUGCUUUUACAAGCUGUUUUACAAUUUGUAAAUACCCUGCUCCCUCAUUGGGUACUUGAACCGCAAACACCAUCCAGCGAAGGCUUUGCAGCUGGGGCAGGCGCACAAGGUUCAGGAGCUGGAUCAGGCUCAGUGAGUUUAGAACCUCAAGUCGGUGUAGAGCGUUCGGCAUCUGAAGCUGGCGCACAAGGUUCAGCAGCUGGAGUGGCCGUAGAGGGUUCACCAUCUGGAACGGAAGAAGUCGCCUCAGCGCCGAAAGCUGGCGCAGAGGGUUCAGUACCUAGAGCUGGCGCUGACGGAAUGGCACCUGCUGCGGGCGCGGAAGGUUCAGGCUCUGGAGUAGGCGCGAGCCCUGACGGAUCAGUAUCUGCAUCAGGCGCAGAGAGCUCCGCACCUGGAUCUGGCCCUGAGGGUCCGGCACCUGCGGCGGGCGUGGAAGGUUCAGCAUCUGGAGUAGGCGCGGGCGCUGAGGGUUCGGCACCUACAUCAGACGCAAAGAGCUCCGCACCUGGAGCUGGCCCUGAGGGUCUGGCACCUGCGGCGGGCGUGGAAGGUUCAGCACCUGCGGCGAACACAGAAGGUUCAGCUUCUGGAGUAGGCGCGGGCGCUGAGGGAUCAGUACCUGCAUCAGACGCAGAGAACCCCGCACCUGGAACUGGCCCUGAGGGUUCGGUACCUGUGGCGGGCGUGGAAGGUUCAGCACCUGCGGCGAACACGGAAGGUUCAGCAUCUGGAAUAGGCGCGGGCGCUGAGGGAUCGGUACCUGCAUCAGGCGCAGAGAGCUCCGCACCUGUAGCUGGCGCUGAGGGUCUGGUACCUGCGGCGGGCGUGGAAGGUUCAGCACCUGCAGCGAAUACAGAAGGUUCAGCAUCUGGAGUAGGCGAAGGCGCUGAGGGAUCGGUACCUGCAUCAGGCGCAGAGAGCUCCGCACCUGGAACUGGCCCUGAGGGUCAGGCAUCUGCGGCGGGUGUGGAAGGUUCAGUAUCUGGAGUAGGGGCGAGCGCUGAGGGUUCGGAACCUGCAUCAGAUGCAACGAGCUCCCUACCUGAAGCUGGCCCUGAGGGUCUGGCACCUGCGGCGGGCAUGGAAGGUUCAGCACCUGCGGCGAACACAGAAGGUUCAGAGUCAGGAGUAGGCGCGGGCGCUGAGGGAUCGGCGCCUGCAGCGGGCGCAGAGAGCUCCGCACCUGUAGCUGGCGCUGAGGGUCUGGUACCUGCGGCGGGCGUGGAAGGUUCAGCAUCUGCAGCGAACACAGAAGGUUCAGCAUCUGGAGUAGGCGAAGGCGCUGAGGGAUCGGUACCUGCAUCAGGCGCAGAGAGCUCCGCACCUGGAACUGGCCCUGAGGGUCAGGCAUCUGCGGCGGGUGUGGAAGGUUCAGUAUCUGGAGUAGGCGCGGGCGCUGAUGGUUCGGCACCUGCAUCAGAUGCAGCGAGCUCCCCACCUGAAGCUGGCCCUGAGGGUCCGGCACCUGCGGCGGGCGUGGAAGGUUCAGCACCUGCGGCGAACACAGAAGGUUCAGAGUCAGGAGUAGGCGCGGGCGCUGAGGGAUCGGCGCCUGCAGCGGGCGUGGAAGGUUCAGUAUCUGAAGUAGGCGCGGGCGCUGAGAGUUCGGCACCUGCAUCAGACGCAGAGAGCUCCGCACCUGGAGCUGGCCCUGAGGGUUCGGCACCUGCGGCGGGCGUAGAAGGUUCAGCAUCUGGAACGGACGCAGAAGGUUCCGCACCUAAUGGUGGCGUAGAAGGUUCUGUCCCUGCAACGGGCGCAGAGAGUUCAGCACCUGAAACAGGUGCAGGUUCAGCUCCUGAAGUGGAUGCGGGAUCAGCAUCUGGAGGGGCCGUAGACAAUUUAGCACCUGAAGCAGGCACACAAGGUUCAGCGCCUGGAGCAGGCGUAGAAGGUUCGGUACCUGAAGCAGGCGUAGAUCGACCUGUACCUGAAGCCGACGCACAAGACUUGGAGACUGGUGCAGGUGCCGAGGGUUCGUCAUCUGUAGCGGGUGUUGACAAUUCUGUUAACUCUAAUGGCGAAAGUUCCACAGAUUCAUUAAUAUCUGUAGCUGAAGUUACAACAGAAAUUGUUGGCGAAUCAAGCGACGUAUCUGGAAAUCAACCUAUCGCAAUAGAUAGCGCAGCUAAUUCUGAUAUUCUAACAACCGAGGCAUCCAUUAACGAUGCUCCUAUAAGUGCUUCAUCUGGAGUCGAAGCUUUAGAAAGUGCAUCUACUGAUGUUCCCAUUUCCAAUACGAUUGUUCCACAAAGUGCUUCAGAAGUCCCUAAUGUAGAUUCUACGCCAGCAGCAGCAAUUGAACCCAUAAAUAUUCAAUCGGACCCUAAUGAAGGUAUCUCCACCGUAGACCAGGGAACUAUUGAUACUACGCCUAUAGGUCUUAUACCUGAAGAUGCCGCGACAGAUGGUCAAUCAAAUGUUAAUACUGAUGCUCCGACCUUACUUGACACGACUCUACAAGACAAUUCUGUGGUUCAAGAAGGCACCACGGAGCCCGUUAUGACAGAUCUCCCGGUAGUAGUAGCAAAUGUGGAUUAUAACGCACCUAGUCAGACUGUAGCUCCUGAAGUAUCUGAGACUACAGAAAAUAUUGCACCCACUGAUGUAGCUCCGGAUGCUAUACCAGCUGUAGAGCCAGUUUUGGUCCCUGAAUAUAAACCUUCCCCCCGUAUGUUUGUAAUAAGCCCUGAAAUUGGUUCAAAAAUAAUAGAAGUAACAACACAGUAAUCAAUUGUUAUUAAAACUGACUAAUUUAUAAUGUACUAACAUUUUGUAAUUUUAUAGCAUGUAUAAAAUAUAUUAAAUUUAAGACGCAUCAAAGAUU